CUCAGCCCAUAAUAAAAGUUCAACCUUCAUCAAUAAACGUGUCUGUCUUCACUAAUUCUUCUUCCGCUAAGCUAUUUUUUAAUCGUUUAAUUUCGCAAUUAUUAAUAGUCAAGAAUUCCUCAGGAGUUUGUGGGAUUUGUCAAAUCAGUAUUAGUGAAACUAGAUAGCGUUCGACACUAUUAUGCUACGUGAUUUUGAGAUAUAAUUUUUGGAAUAUUUUGUGAUCUUGUAAACAGUGAAUUGUUACCCAACUAUUAAUCAUAAUUCAAAACAAAGAGUAAAAGAUGAGUAGUGAAGAAGUACGAGAGGAUGACGAGUGGCUGUAUGAGGGCGGUCGCGGCGGUGGAGGAGAAGCUGACAACGAUACCGCAACCCUCGCCAAGGGCGAAAAUGGGGAGGAAGAUGGCGACGACGACGACGACGAACAUGUUGGAACCCCAGUGGCAAUCGAUGGACAGGAAAACGGUGAAGAAGGCACUAACACUGGGGCAAUGAAUGACGGUGACUCUGAUGAAGAUGAUGACGACGACGACGAUGAUGAUGACGGUGUCCAGGUGGUAAUAGGGGACACUAAGCCAUCUGCUGCAGCAGCAGGACAAACUCCGUUCGGGGGGACGGGUGUUGGUGUUGCAGGUGUCAAGCGGCCAGCCCCUGCUCCUGAUAAGAAGGGAAAAUUUGCUGUAGAGGACUUUGAAACUCCAGGAACAAUUAAUGGGAAUUUAGCGUUGGAGUUUAGCAUUGACGGCUUAGAAGAGAAGCCCUGGAGAAAACCUGGUGCUGACAUAACGGAUUAUUUUAACUACGGCUUUACUGAAGAUACAUGGAGAGCAUAUACGGAUAGACAAAAACGAAUGCGAUUCGAGUCUGGGGGGCCUCAGAUUAUUAAUCCAGUCGGGCCGAAGCCAGUGGACUCUCGCGGAGUGAUUUCUGUAGCCUUUGGAGGACCUUCCAACAAUAAUCAAGUGCAAAGUCAGAGAAUGGAAAACAUGAAUAAUAUGAUGAACAUGAGAAGGAGAGAAGAACCUAGAGAAAAUACUAUUCAGGUUAUGACUGCAGACAGACGAGAGUACAGUAGAAAGAAUUUCGAAAUGGGAAUUGGUGGUCCAUCCAUGCCACCCACAUUUAAUCCGACAAUUCCUCCUCCAAAUUUUCCACCCCCUGGCCAUGGCCCACCUGGCCCUGAAUUUAUAAAUCCUGAGUUUUUCAAUCAUCCUCCACCUCAAUAUUAUCCUGAUGAGCAUCAAGGUUAUGAAGAGCAGUGGAUGGAUCAUCACACUGAUUCGUGGGAUAUGGGCAGUGGUCAUCCACAAGGCGGAUCCUCAGCGAUUGUUUCAUUAACCAAAGUUCCCAACGUUCCUCCUCCUCCCGGGGAUGACGAUAUUAAACACGAGAGAAAAGACUAAUUAAUUUUUAAAAUUUUAAUCUAGAAUCCUUUCAACCUUGUUGAAUCAAGUUGUAUAUAUCAAUCUUCAAAAACUGAUUGUCUUAUAAAAAUAAUGCUAAACCUAGUAAUCAAAAUAUUGUGUUGUUUAAUUAUAGGGUAAAGAAUAUUUAAUAUGAAUUUAUGAAAAAUAAAGCGAAUAUCAGCUUUUCACUCUUCUAAA